UGGUGGAAUGGAAGCUCGAACGACAGUCGAACGUGCGUGAGUGCACCGAUAGGACGACAGAACGAAGUGGCUAACACAAGUUCCAAGAGAGAGAGAGAGAGUUAUUUAAGAAAGUAGGUUCUUAAGUAGUACGGUCAGUUUACGAUUGCUUCUGCGGACGAUCGCUUCCAGCAAUGAUUUUAAUCGUCUACGUUGUUUUACUCCUCGGUAUAAAUCAUGUCGAAUCGGAGGAACUACCAACGAUAUUCGAGGUAGAAAAUUCGAUCAAUCGAACGAUCGAUCAAGUUGAAAGAUUGAUCAAUGAAAAUCCAAAUUUGCCUCGACUAUCUCGGAACGACAUCGUUGAUAUUUUGUACAACAUCACGUCGAAGGACUCGGAAGCUUACGAGAAUAAAGAUCAAAUCGAGAAAGCUCGGAAAAUGUAUCAAAGAGCUUUAAUGGUUGUUUUACCUUACAAGGCGAGAGAAUCUUUGGAAAAUUUGAAAGAUUUGUAUACGAAAGCACCGAUUGUUCAAAUGCUAUCGGAUUCGGCUAGCGGCGAACGUCUCGAAAUGGUUUUAAACGAUCGAUCGAAAGAAAGUAACAGCGAAUCAUCGGAAUCGACGGAUAAUAUCCUAGACAAAAGUAGAUAUAAAAAUCAUCGUGAAAUUUAUUCGGACGUUAGGUCUAAAGAAUCCUUGAAAGAGACUCUAACUCCUGGCUCGGCACCAAUGAGAUUUAGUUUCAACUUGGAUAGCCUGCAAACGAAUCAUCAUUAUCCUACACGAGAAACAACAAGGAUCGACGAUCAUCCAAUAUUUCUUCCUACGACUAGGAAGACGAUCAACGACGAUCAAGUCGAAGACAUCAACGUAGUUCUCGAUAAGGAAACGUCCAGUUCGGAAGAGUUGGCGAUCGAUUUGGGCCCGAAACAAGACAUUCUUUAUUCAAAUCAAUGGCAUUAUAAUGCGCCACCGCCCCAAAGCAUUCCCAAUGAAAGUAAGGAAGAGUUCUCCUUCGGUGAAAUUCAACAAGAAGAGAAGGAAUCUUCAAAGAUUUUUGUAACUCCGCUCGCGUUGACUUCGCAAACGUCGAAAUACAAUACAACGUUGGCUUUAAACUCUGGCGGAUUUCGCGAUGCUACAUCGACUACCGAAAGAAUUUCGACCGAACCAACGACGAAACUACGAGUUAUGGAUUUGUUAGCUUCGAUCGGCUUGCGCCCGGAGAACGAGGAAAACCUUGACAAUGUUUUCCCGAUUAAUCAAUCGAACGUUAGCUACGAAAAUGGCAUCGUUUCUCUAGAUGCGGACAAACCAGAUUCACCGUUGAUAGAGAAUCAAAAUACUUUUCGGACAGGUAGUUUUGAUUUGAACAAAGGUAUGGAAAAUUUAACACCCGACUUAAGACUGCUCUUUCAAAGGUUCGGCUUUGAGAGUACGCAGGAUCGUCAAUCGCCUAGCAUAACUACGACCACUCGCACAACCACGAAUUUGUAUAGAAAUUUUAAACCGUUGCCAACGUCCACCGUUCAAGACGAAGAGAUGAAAGAAUUUUUAUCAAGAUUCGGUCUUGGCGUUAACAGACAACGAAAGGCUAUGAAAAGUACAGUUCCAUCGGUGAUCGAAGCUGUUCCAAUUAACAUGAGAACGGUUUUACAAAAUAUCGGAUUGAUCUCGAAUUCUCGUAGGAAUUCCAAAAAUUCUCUUCAUUAUUCGGAAGAGACCAAAACUACACCCAAGUAUCACGUUUUCAAACCGCACGAAACGAUUUUUAAGAAUGACAACGAAAGAUCGAAAAUCAACGAACUUUUAGAUACCGUUAAAUUGGUUCAAGAAGGUAAAGCUGAUACCAAGGAUGUUGAAAAAGUUGCCAGUGAUUUACUGAAGAAUACGAGGACAUUGUCAGUUGGUCCAGAUCCUUUAAGUUUAGAUGAAAUUAUUCGAGUCUACAGUGAGGAUCUUAAAAAUGAAGUGAAGAGACAAAAAGACGAUGCUCAAAGUUCCACGAGUGAAGGGAAUUCUCCUACUUCAACUACGAUCUCUUCAAUCGAAACAACGACGCUAAUGGAUUCUGCAAAAGAAGCGGCCGGACUAAAUGAGACGACAGCAACGACGGAAUCGGAGCCAAUGCUUACUACUACUACUACUACGGCGACAACAAUCACUAAUACUAAUCUGAUAGACUUGGAAAAUUCAUUCGGUGGAAGUACACGAGCACCGGAUCCAGUCUUACCAGCCAGAAGAAAAACUGGUUUAUACUUUUUGGUGGAUUGGAACACGUUUCUCGAAGUUGGCGAAGAAGGUAGCGAAAAGAUCAAUUUAAGGUUUCAACCAAAAGUCGGUGAUAGGUCAAGAUUUUUGCCAGUAACUGUACCCUGAAUGUAAACGAGAUCAUGCGAAUCUCAUGAGCGUUAUAUAAAACGAGUGAAACGUACGCGUUAUAUGAUACAUUUCUUAGAAAGU